UUACUGCAACGCAAUCUCAGCCAUCCCGAACUCCAGUAUGCCCAGCCCGGCGUCCUGUCCCGUUAUUCCUCCAUACCAGCCGUUUGUCCUACUGAGCUGAAGUUGAAGUAGCAGCUGGUGCUGAUUGUCUGGAUGCAAUUUCAGCAUGAUCUAAAGUCCAUUCAUUCGUUCUGUGCAAAAGCGCUGCUGGUGUGCAGCAUUGGUGGACAGAGGCGUGAAUGUAGCAAUGGUGCUGGACCUGGGUGAGAACUGCAUGGAGCAGGCUAAUGGAGGAAGACUCUCAAAGAAUGUCUCAGAAAUGUUGGAACCAGAGCCCAGCACAGAGAAACCCAAAGCAGUGAGGUCCAGAACCACCAGUAUCACCCAAAGAGACAGACCCACCCACAAUGGGCCUUGUACCACUUCGGAUAGCAGCUCCCGGGUACAUCGAAGGCUCAGAGAGUCGGAAGGUAGGAGAAAAGGCGAAACUGCACAGCCCGGUGAAUUUGCCAAACAGGCACCAUGUCGAAGACCCCUCAGUCUGGAGAUCAAACCGCAGCGAGUUCGAGCAAUGCAGCAGCUGGUGCCGAAGGUGAUACAGCCGCCAUGGCGCAGUGGUGGUCCUUCCCCGCCCAUGCGAAGCCUGACAAGCCCGAGUUUGGGGCCGGGAAACUGGCUUCGCCGGAGCGAGAGCACUUGCACGAUGAAUUCCACAACACCCUCGCGUGCCGGCAGGGUUCGAAUGAGGCCUGCCACCUCCUUGCCACAUAUUGCCAGGGGUCUCGGAUCACUUCCCUCACCGUCAACACCUCGCGGGCCUUGCCUGCUUGUCGCUCUUCGCCCAAUAAACAUGGAACAAGAGCGUGAGACCUUUUUUCGCUCCAACUAUGAAUACGAGCCCCAGUUUGAGUAUUCCUCCCCAGAGCCCAGCACUGUUUUGGAGAAGUACAGAGAAGGGUCUGGUCUCUUCCUGUCCCAGGCAGUCAGAAUUAUGGAGUGUGUCUUGAGGAAGUAUGGUACCUAUGAGAACUUCGAAGAGGUCACAGGAGGCAACUUGCUACCGAAGAGUCAAGUGUGGGCUGCCACACGUAAAUACUUGCAGAAGGAGGGCUGUGUUGGUGAGGUGGUUGUAUCUCUUUCCGAUGAGCUUCUAUCUCAGGCAGUAAUGCAGGUGGAGAGAUGUCGGCCAACACUAACUAUCAACCUGUCAGGAGCACGUCAACAUUGGCUCGAGGGAAUGCUGAGACAUGAGAUUGGCACGCAUUACUUACGGGGUGUGAAUAACAGCUUGCAACCGUGGGCCACUUCUGUCGGGAGAAUGCAGUUUGGACUGAAACCAGCUAAUCCUACUGAAGAGGGGCUCGCCAGUCUUCACAGUGUGUUGCUACGGAAACAGCCCUUCCUGUGGCGAGCCGCUCUGCUAUACUAUACUGUAUACCAUGCCACUAACAUGAGCUUUAGCCAACUGUUCAGCCAUAUCGCUCGCUUUGUCCAAGAUCCUGCUGUACGCUGGGAGUACUGCCUCCGUGCCAAACGAGGACAAACGGAUACCUCUAAACCAGGCUGCUUUAGUAAAGAUCAGGUCUACCUUGAUGGAAUUCUCAAGAUAUUACGCCACAGGAGAAACAUUGAUUUCAAGAUAUUAACCUCUCUUGGAAAGGUGUCCUAUGAAGAUGUGGACAGACUUCGGCAUUUGGCUGUUCUCAAUGGAACAAGAAUUCCUCACUUCAUGCAGGAUGAAGAACGUUAUCUUCAGCAUCUCGACAACAUUGUCACAGUCAAUGAACUGAAUGAUGCAGAGCUUCAAGAGCUCAUUCCAUGAAGAUCUGGAUCUGCUAUCAUUCACAAACCAUCAUACAGUACACAACCCAUCACAAAAUAUCAAUUUUUGAAAUAAAAAUUGUUUUGUUUUUUUUUGAUUUUCCAAGACCAAAAAUCAGUGUCUGAAAAAUUGGAAUAACAAAGAUCUAACAUAUAGCAUGGUUGUGUUCAAUGGUGUAUUUUGCUGCAUUAAGUGCCAUAAUAUCCAGCAAGUUUGUUUACAAACGCAACGAUUGUCAGUUUUGUAAAAUCAUAUGACUUUCGAGCAUAAAAAAACAUUUUCGGAUUUGCAUAUUAGCAUACUAAUCAUACUAUUUUUUGCAGUUUUUUUCUGUAUAGUAUGUAUGUAUGAAAUACUUAAAUGACUGCAUUUGCCAAAAUGUGCAGUAUACAACCAAAGCACUGUGUGGAAUACUGUGGGCUUUAUUUUCAUGAGUGUGCAAAGCACAGCGCGAUGACAGUGCGCAACUUCUUAUACAAUUUUCGUGAGAGCGCUAAUUCUAAGUGCAAUUUCCGUGACAGCGCAAAGCGCAAGUGGGCAUGAAUGGGAGUGUCUGCGCUACUGUGGGUGUAUUGUACGUAAAUGAAGUGGCGCAAAGCGCAAUUUGCUAUUUUCCUGAGAAAUAGAUCAUUGCGCUAAGACGUUUCAAUACCACCUUUUAAAUCAGCGCAAAUUCAGUUCCUGCAUUUGCUGUUUGGAGAUUUCACCAGCAGGUGGUAAUAAAGUUCAUGUCCAAAUUCUGAAAGUACAGAACAUCAAAUUAUGUCCCUGACCAUCGCUGUUGAAACAAAAAAUAAUGAGAUUUGUGUUAAACUUUCUAGAGGAAAUGGUUUAUUAUUUCAAUUAUUAUUAUUGUAUAUUUACAAUUGUAUUUAUGAUUUCAUUUUGACUAGUAAUUUUCCACCAGUUGUCACAGAGUGAUUUUUACGUCACUGCAAAAUUUUGACUUAGUAUGAUUUUUUUUAACCAUUUCAUUAUUUUUAUUAUAUUUUCGUUUCAUUUGGAGUGUAAUUUGAAUUUAGAAAUGGUUUUUGGUUGAAUUUUUUCAUGUUUCAAUAAAUGAAUGUAAUUUUUCAAAAUCAAAAUCGACCGGUGGAUGUGAAGUGCGUGCCAAUACAAUCACUGUUAAAACUAGCCAUGAUAAUGUGUGUCAGUAGAUGAAAAUGAUUAAUAAUAAUUACUUAAAUUAAUGGAGCAUACAUCCAAAUUCUGACGAGAAUCACAUUUUCCAUGCGUAAAAAAAGGAGCGCGUCGCGGUCAUAGAAAUAUGCCCGGCAUCUUCAAGAACACAUUUAAUGGACAGAAGAACAGUUUUCAAUUCUUGUAUUUCAUUGCAUACAGUCCAUUUACACUGACAACUUCUUAUGAAUGUGCUGUCUUUGUUUGUAUCGCUGUUGCUUAAGGGAAUGGACUAUAAUAGGACUCAGACGCUGGAAUAACCGGAGAAGAACCUCACAAUUAAAUUGCACUUGACCAUUCCCAUACGCGUGGCGCGGGCGAUCUCGCCAAACCCACUUGCGCUUAGACUUAGCGCCUGCUUGCACGAAAAUACCAAAACUUCAUGUCCGUGCCCAUUGACUUUGCGCUUAUGAAUAAGGCAUUGCCCUGCGCCUAACGCUUGCACUCUUAAAAUAGGGCCCUGUAUCUCACAUUGCAAUGCUCGAAUUGUUUACUUGAACUGAAAGUGUUAUCUCAACCACUAUCUUUCAUGACUGUCAUGUCACUGUCAAGUAAUGAGGUCAUGUGACAAUUUAGCUAAUAAUUGAAACAUUUGUAGUUGCACAUUGUUUCACAUACUUAGAAAAAAAAAGUAUGCAGUAUGCAGUAUGCUAGUAUUCCAUUCUGAACAAUCAUACUCAUGAGAAGCUGAAAGAUAGGGCUGGGUAAAAAAUACUGAUUUUCCAAUUAAUCUCAAUCUAUAUUUGAAAGAUCCCGAUAUUGAUUCUUUAAAUCCCAAGAUUGAUCUUUUACUCUAAUAUAAAUUACUAAUACACAGUUUAGGCCCUGUUGUUAAUUUUCAAAAUUAUUUUCGUAAUGUCGCCUGUGUAGCAUUAACUGAGAGACCUUAAUUCAUAUGUAAGUAAAAUGGACAUUAUAACUGAAAUAUACCCAAAUCAUAUAGAAAUGUAAUUCAAUCCGGAAACCUGUAUCGAUACCCAGCCCUUUUUUCUGCACUCAAAAUGUGAUGGGCACAUACUAUCAUGCAUGUAAGUGAUAUCUCACACAAGGUAUACAAGCCAUCAACACGAGUUAUGCGAGCACUAAAUUAUUUAAAUCACCCACACACAGUAUUUCUUUAAGAAUUCUUCUCUUCUACACUUGAACAUAGACGAGCACUUCAUUUCAUGUAUCUCCUGUUACGCUCCUCUACUUUUUGAAUUUUAAACCUCUUUUAAAGUCUCAGUCUGUUAUGUAUUUAUCUUGUAUUCACCUUAAGAACUGUGUCUGUGGUAUUAGCUUUAUACUCCAGUAGCAAAGUGCAUUUUUUUUCCAAUCUAGUCUAGGCAAGCAAUGCAAAAGGACACCAAGGAUGACUCGGUUCAACACAAAGCUCCACAGAAGAGUUCAGACAGGCAAAAUUUGCUCAGAUUGUUACAAAAACAAGAAAAACACCUUUUUGAUGAAAUGACAAAAUUUGAUCAUCCUUUGGCACCAUUUAAUUUCCAUCAGGGCUUAAAAUAGUUCACCCAAAAAUGAAAAUUCUGUCAUCAUUUACUCACCCUCAUGUUGCUCCAAACCUGUAUGAAUUUCUUUUGUGGAGCACAAAAUGAUGUCACCAUUCACUUUCAUUGUAUAUAAAAAUCAUAUGAAAAUAAAUAGUGACUGAGACCUACAUACUGCACAACAUCCCCUUAUGUUUUCCACAGAAGAAAGUCACACUUGUUUGGAAUAACAUGAGGGUGAGUAAAUGAUGACAGAAUUUUCUAUGAAGAGAUCAUCAGUAUUCUACAAAGAGCACCCUUGGUGGUCUUUAUUAUCAGUGUUAAUGUGACAUGACAUACCUGUUUAAAGCAGUCCAGCUGGCCAGCUUCCUCACUGCAUUUCAAGAUUGUGACGGACUCAGGAAGACGAGCAUGUGGAUGUGCCUUAUAUGGGUUUUAGAGCUCAUGUGUCAUAUCAUGGCUACAUGUUAUAUUCUUGAAUUAACACCCAGUAUUUAUUAUCAGUGUCUGUACUGCACGAAUAUUGCACAUUUCAUGAUAAGUUGCUGUUAACUAAUUAAAAUUGUACACUGAAGUCUAUAGAAUUAGUGUCUUUAUAUCAGUGGUAGAAUUUCAAAAACUUACUCAGGAGUGUAGCUAAACACUGUUAUAUGAAAAUAAAAAGUUGACUGUAUCCUACACUUAUUAAAAA